AACAAAACGGCGACGUCUGGUGUGUCAGUCUAUUUCCCUCCAAAUUGAAGGUCAGGGAAAGGGUUUAUAAACCAAAUUGGAGGUUUUUUGUUGGGUGUGUAUAUACUCUCUGAUAAAGCUCAAGAAAAAGGAACAAAAUUUUUUAUAAAAUCAAGAAGAAAAUGGCGUCUUCUUCUUCCGCGGGUUCCGGCCCGGAAAUUCCAUGGGUUGAGAAGUAUAGGCCCACCAAAGUAGCUGACAUCGUCGGCAACGAAGAUGCCGUUGCCAGGCUCCAGGUCAUCGCCCAUGAUGGCAACAUGCCUCACCUCAUAUUGGCCGGUCCACCUGGUACCGGCAAGACUACUAGCAUUUUAGCUCUUGCACAUGAACUCUUGGGACCAAAUUAUAGGGAGGCUGUUUUAGAGCUUAAUGCCUCUGACGACAGGGGCAUUGACGUGGUGAGAAAUAAGAUAAAAAUGUUUGCAGUGAAAAAAGUCACUCUACCACCUGGCCGCCAUAAAGUGAUCAUUUUGGAUGAAGCUGACAGCAUGACAUCUGGAGCACAGCAAGCAUUAAGGAGGAUAAUGGAGAUGUACUCACAUUCCACUCGUUUUGCCCUUGCUUGCAACACGUCAUCCAAAAUUAUUGAACCGAUUCAGAGUAGGUGUGCCCUUGUACGAUUUUCAAGGUUAUCUGAUCAAGAAAUCCUUAGUCGUCUCAUGGCAGUUGUUGCAGCCGAAAAGGUACCUUAUGUUCCGGAGGGGCUUGAAGCAAUUAUAUUCACUGCUGAUGGGGACAUGAGACAGGCCUUGAAUAACUUGCAAGCUACCAACAGUGGAUUUGGAUUUGUCAACCAAGAGAACGUUUUCAAGGUUUGUGACCAGCCACAUCCCUUGCAUGUGAAGAAUAUGAUUCGUAACGUUCUGGAGGGAAAAUUUGAUGAAUCAUGUGCUGGUUUGAAGCAGCUCUGUGAUCUUGGUUACUCUCCCACUGACAUAAUAACAACCCUUUUCCGUGUCAUAAAGAAUUAUGAUAUGGCGGAAUACCUAAAGCUGGAGUUCAUGAAGGAAACUGGAUUUGCACACAUGAGGAUCUUGGAUGGAGUCGGUUCGUAUCUUCAGCUUUGUGGUCUGCUUGCUAAGUACUCUGUAGUUCGUCAAACAGCCAAAGCAGUAUAGUGCAUCGUGUUGUUGCUUUGAAGAUCUGAUAUCCCACCGUAGUUUCCUGGGGAAAUAUUCGUCUGUAAACUAAUCAGCGAAUCCUCUUGUCUAAUAUUGUGUUUAUGUUAUGGUUGUAGGAAGUUUUUUAUUCAGUGGAGGAUGGUAAAUGAUGACUCUUUUAGUGAAAUUUCCUUGAUCCA